AUGAAGGAACCAGGGGGCAAUGCUUUCAGAAACACUGUGAACAUGGCAAAGACUUAUAUUCUUUUUGGUGCCAUGAUCACAGCAUCUUGUUUUCUCCUGAGUGCAUCACAAAGCACAGAAUGCACACAGGAGGCUGUGGCUGAUAUUGUCUUCCUGGUUGAUGGCUCCUGGAGUAGUGGGUCACAGAACUUCCAGCGUAUCCGGGAGUUCCUCCACAGUCUGGUAGCCAGCUUUGAUGUGGCUCCAGAUCAUGUCCGCAUUGGCCUGGCACAAUACAGCAACACUCCCCGCACAGAGUUUAACCUUAACACCUAUCAGAAUAAACAAGAGAUUCUCGAGUACAUUGACAAGCUGCCAUACCAGGGUGGCGGUACAAAGACUGGCAAGGGACUGGACUUCAUCCUGAAGGAGCACUUUGUGCAAAGAGCAGGAAGCCGUGCCGGAGAGAAUGUGCCCCAGAUUGCUGUGGUCAUCACAGAUGGCCAGUCACUGGACAACGUUGAACCACAUGCCAAGGACCUGAAGAAUCAGGGCAUCACCAUUUACACAAUCGGCAUCAAAGAUGCGAACGAUGAGCAGCUAAAGGAGAUUGCCACCGAGCCCCAUGACCAGCAUGUGUACAGUGUCUCUGACUUCAGCGCUCUUCAGGGCAUCUCUCAGAACAUCGUCCAGGUGCUGUGUACCAACGUGGAGGAGGCCAAACGGCAGACCACACAGGUUUCUACAGGUAGUGCAAUACCAGACGUAGCAACCGUUGCUGAUAUUGUGUUCCUUGUGGAUGGCUCGAGUAGCAUUGGAGUGGAUAGCUUUAAUCAGACGAAGCAAUUCCUUCAAUCAUUUGUGAGUGGACUUACUGUAGCAUCAGACAAAGUGCGCAUAGGCCUAGCACAGUUCACUGAUGACACGUACCAGGAGUUCCUGCUGAAGGAUCAUGACAACGUCAGAGAUGUACUUAAUCAAAUUGCCCAGCUCCAGUUCCAUCAAGGAGGAACUUGUUUGGGAAAGGGCCUCACCUUCCUUCAGAAUAAGUACUUUAUCCCGGAAGGAGGCAGCCGAGCUAACGUCCCAAAGAUUGCCAUUGUGAUCACAAACGGCGAAUCCUCUGAUUACGUGGCAGGACCAGCCCUAAUAUUGCGGAGAUUGGGGAUUGUCAUCUACGCCAUUGGUGUUGGCAACUAUGAUGCCAAACAGCUGCAAUCUGUUGCCAACAAACCUAGUGAGCGUUUCUUGGUAGGCAUCAACAACUACCAGGAGCUGCAGAACGUAAUAGACAGUAUGCAGAAAUCAGUUUGCACCGCUGUGAAUGCCCAAGCAGAGGAUCUAACACCAAGAUAUGCUGAUAUUUUCUUUCUUGUGGACAGUUCGGCUCAGUCACAGAUUCAGGUCAUAAAACAAAUGCUUAUUCGACUUUCCAACCAACUCAGCAUAAACAUUGACGGCAAUCGUAUGGGCCUGGCUCAGUUUGGUGAUACUGUCAAAGUGGAUUUCAAGAUGAACCAGUUCAACACAAGAUCUGAUAUCAUGGACUAUUUGAAAAAAUGGAGAUUAAGGGGAAGUCGGACGCGUAACACUGGAGAGGCAAUAACCUAUGCCCACCAUAAUUUUUUCAAUUCGGAGUAUGGAGCCCGUGGAUUUAAACCAUAUUUGGUGCUCAUAACAUCAGGGAAAUCAGAUGACAAUACAAUAACAGACAUCAAGGCUGCUGUUGACAAGACUGCUGAUGCCACUGUUAAAACUGAGUGUACAACAGCCAAAGUAGCAGACAUUGUGUUCAUAGUAGAUGAAUCCAGCAGCAUUAAUCAUGCUUCAGUACACAACUUCCAGCUGAUGUGGGCAUUCAUGUCAAGAAUUCUCAAAGACUUUGAUAUCAGCUCAAAGGGUGUGAGGGUGGGCUUAGCCACUUACAGCGAUGACCCUCGUCCCGAGUUCUACUUGAACACAUAUGAUAAUAAAAUUGAUACUUUGCAGAGCAUAAAGCUGCUACCAUACCAUGGGGGCAAUACAUACACAGGGAAAGCUCUGACAUUUGCAACGAACAACAUGUUUACCAAGGAGAGGGGCAGCCGGCGUGACAGUGGUGUGCAACAGAUUGCUGUAAUAAUCACAGACGGUGUGUCUCACGAUAACGCCAGUGGUCCAGCUCUGAAAUUAAAGCGGAUUUAGAGUUAAAGUCUAUGCAGUGGGUAUUAAAAUGCAUGGAAUGAACUGCGAGAGAUAGCCACCGACCCAGUUAGGAACUAUGUGGUAUUCAUUGAUGAUUUUGUGAAACUUAAGUCAAUGGAAGCAAAUCUGGCAAAAAGAAUUUGCCGUGAAAUUACGAAACCACCCCCACCACCACCAAUGAAACAAGGUCAGUGUCUACAAAACUGUGUCCAAACAGAGGAAGCAGAUUUAUUUUUUUUGAUUGACUACUCAUCCAGCAUUCCCUAUGAGGAUUUUGGCCGAAUAAAGUUUGUUUUGGAAUUCAUUCGGAUGUUUCCUAUUGGACCAGACCAGGUACGUGUUGGUCUGGCAAAGUUCUCAACCAGACCUAACCUGGAGUUCAACCUGGCCGAUUACACAGACAAAAAGUCUUUGGAGAAGGCUGUGGAUGCUAUCAAACAAACUGGAGGUGACACUUAUACAGGUGCCGCUUUAAAUUUUAUGAGCCCGUAUUUUGAGGAGGCUGAAAAGAGUCAUGGUGAUAAGGUACCCAGGUACCUCAUUGUAAUAACAGAUGGGGAGUCACAGGACAAUGAAGUUGUGAAAAGGGCAGCAGAGAGAUUACGCCAACAGGGCAUCACCAUUUAUGCCAUUGGGGUGAAGGAUGCCAAUAACGACAAGCUGCUGGACAUUUGCGGUGAUCCGAAGAGGAGGUUCUUCGUCAAUAACUUUCAUGCACUUAGACCAGUCAAGGAUGAUAUUGUGACAGACAUAUUCUCUCAAACAGCAUGCAAGGAAAUGCUGGCUGAUGUCAUAUUUCUGGUGGACAGUUCUGGAAGCAUUCACCCUGCAGACUUCCUCAAGAUGAAGGCUUUCAUCAACAACACAAUUACGCUGGCCGUCAUUGGGCCAGACUCUGUGUGCAUGGGGGUGCUGCAGUUCAGCACCGUCCAGAACGAGGAGUUUUCUCUUGACAGCCCCCAAACCCAAAAUGACCUUGUGCAGAAAGUGAACUCCAUGAAGCAACUGGGUGGGAGAACUCUGACUGGUCAAGCUCUCAGCUUUACCUCCCAGUACUUUGACACCUCAAGGGGCGGGCGCCUCAAUGUCCCAAAGAUCCUGAUCGUCAUCACAGAUGGUGAAGCCCAAGAUGCCGUUAAGUUGCCUGCGCAGGCUCUGAGGGACAAAAAUAUUAUCAUCUACUCCAUUGGUGUGGACAGCGCCAAUAUAACCCAGCUGAAUGAAAUCAGUGGCAUCACAGACAGGGUGUAUACAGAGAGAGACUUUGAUGGCCUCCAGGUUUUGGAGGAUAAGAUCUUCUAUAAGAUCUGUCAUCCUGACACUAACUGCAGAAGGACAGAGGUGGCAGACAUGAUCUUCCUUGUUGAUGGCUCCAGCAGUAUUAGUGUGGAUCAAUACAAGAGCAUGCAACGCUUAAUGACCUCACUUGUGAGUAGCACAACUGUUGGAGAGAACCUGGUCCGGUUUGGUGCCAUCAUCUACUCGGACGACGCAGAGUCCAAGUUCACUCUAAAUCAGUACACUACCGCAAAGGAGGUACGAACAGCCAUAACAACCAUUAGAAUACCAGGUGGAAACAGUUACACAGGUGCUGCCCUUCGCUAUGCACUGGACUUAUUUGGAAAACAACAUGGCGGCCGUCGCGAGCAGGACGUAACUCAGAUCCUUUUCGUCAUUACUGGAGCAGCCACAGAUCCUGUUGUGCUGCCUGUGUGGUCUAAAGAGAUCCUGAGUUAUGGGAUCAUGAUAUAUGCCAUUGGUGUGGCAGGUGCCACAGAGAGUGAGCUGCAGAUCAUGACUGGAGGAGAGAGAAGAAGGGUGUUUUAUGUGCCCAACUAUAAUGCUUUGGAGGUCCUGCACAAGGACAUCUCCAGUGAGCUUUGUAAAGACAUAAACCACGUAACAUGCCAGAAAAAGAAGGUAGACCUGGUCAUGUUGACGGACAGCUCCGGCAGCAUCAGUGCCACUGACUUUACCAUCAUGAAGACGUUUAUGAAAAAGGUGGUGAGCAGCUUCCACAUCAAACCAGAGGCUGUGCAGGUUGCCCUAGCCCAGUUCAGCGCUUACCCCAAGAAAGAGUUCCACCUCAACGAGGUUGACAGUGAAGCCACAGCACAUGCUAAAAUUGAUGCCAUCGAUCUAAUAGGACAAGGCACAUUUAUCGGAAGGGCCCUUGAGUUCACCAGGAAGCGGUACUUCCAGACAGCAAAUGGCAGCCUGAAAAACAAGGGUGUCUCACAGAACCUUAUUGUGAUCACCAAUGGCAAGUCAAAGGAUGAAGUGACAGAAGAGGCAAGGUUUCUCAGAGCCAUGCAAGUUGAUGUGUAUGUCAUUGGAGUGGGCAAAGUCUACAAGGAUGAGCUGAUUCAGAUUGCUGGCACUCCGGACAGGGUCUUCAUCGUGAACGACUUUCAUGUCCUUGAACAUAUCAAGUCAAAAGUGGUGGAAACUGUUUGCGUGCCAGCUGACGCAGUUUGUCAGAGAUGCGUUGAAAAAAUGGCACUACUUCUGGUCAUCGUACUGAUUGGGUCAUAUGUCUCUGUCUGUGCAGCAGAACAAAAAGUAUGUACACAGGAGGCUGUGGCUGACAUUGUAUUCCUGGUUGAUGGCUCCUGGAGUAUUGGGGAAAAAAACUUCCAGCAGGUCCAGACUUUCCUCCACACUCUGCUUGACAGUUUUAGUGUCAGUCCUGAUCAAGUCCGCAUUGGCUUAGUACAGUAUAGCACCUUCCCACAGACAGAGUUUCUCCUGAACACCUAUCAACAUAAACAAGAGAUUAUCGCGUCUAUCAAGAAAUUGCCUUACAAAGGGGGUAGCACCAUGACUGGUUUAGGACUAGAUUUCAUUCUCAAGGAGCAAUUUACUGAGCAAGCAGGGAGUCGAGCGAGACAGGGGGUACCGCAGAUUGCUGUUGUCAUCACAGACGGUAGAUCACAAGAUGACGUGGAGCCACACGCAGAUGACCUGAGGCGCCGGGGAAUCAUACUGUAUGCUAUCGGGAUAAAAGAUGCAGAUGCGGAACAGUUGAGAAAGAUUGGUAAUGAGCCUCAUGACCAGCAUGUGUACAGCGUCUCUGACUUCAGUGCUCUUCAGGGCAUCUCUCAGAACAUCGUCCAGGUGCUGUGCACCACCGUGGAGGAGGCCAAAGGUCAAAUAACUCAAGCCUCACAAGGAUGUCAAAUCGAUAUGGCAGACAUAAUCUUCCUUGUAGAUGGUUCACAGAGUGUCAGCCAUGAACAGUUUCAGAGUAUGCAACACCUCAUGUCAUCUAUUGUGAACAGUUCCUCUAUUGGAGAAAACCAUGUGCGCAUUGGGGGCAUUGUCUACUCCACUGAACCACAAAUCCAGUUUGCUUUGAAUCAAUAUGAAACCAAAAAAGAGCUGAGACAAGCCAUAUCACGUCUAAGGCCUUCACGUGGUGACACGUACACAAGCAGAGCACUGAGGUACUCUCUGAAGUACUUUAAUGGUGUCCAAAGUAAUAAACGGGGGCACAAGUUUCUCAUAAUCAUCACAAAUGAAGAGGCAAGCGAUGCUCAACAAUUGGAAGAAACAUCUGCAAAACUGAGAAACGACGGAAUCAGUAUAUUUGGAAUUGGAGUAAAGCAGAUCGGGAAUAAACAGUUACGGAAUCAUCUGUUAACUAUGACCAACAACCAUGACAGGGUGUUCUAUGUGGAUGAUUUUAAUGCCUUGGAGGUAUUAGACAGAAGAAUUACCCAAGAAAUCUGUAACGUCAACAAAGCAGACUGUAAAAUGGAUCUGGUCAUGCUGGUGGAUGGCUCAGAAAGCAUCGCUGAUUCACACUUCUCAAUAAUGAAGAAGUUCAUGAUGGACAUGGUGAAAUCCUUUAACAUUAGUUCAAGCUUUCUACAAGUUGGGGUUGCUCAGUUCAGCACUUAUCAACAAAAGGAAUUCUACCUUAAUGAGUAUGAGAAUGGGACAGCUGUUAUUAGAGCGAUAGAUGGUAUAAAGCAACUUCGAGAAGGCAUGAAAAUUGUUCCAGGACUAAAAUUCAUUCAGGAAUUCUUCAAGACUGAACAUGGCAGUCGCAGAAGCAUGGGUGUCCGCCAAACCCUACUGUUAAUUACAGAUGGAGAGACAGAUGAAGAUGUUGAAGCUGCUACUGAUGAUCUUCGAGCCGAUAAAAUAGAUGUGUUUGUGAUCGGAGUGGGUAGAGUUCAAACUGAUCAGCUCCUCAAGAUUGCUGGCAGUCAAGAUAGGUAUUUUCCAAUUAAAGCAUAUGAAGAACUUACAAAGAUGCUGCCAACGCUGGUUGGCACGUUCUGCCCACGAUCUGAUGACCCAAACAUAAACCCAGACCUAGACCCAGGAUGUAAUGUGGACAUUGCCAUUGGAUUUGAUUAUGCCAGAAGGCAAAUUAACCUCCCUCUCGUCUUGGGACCAUUCCAGUUAAAGCAACAACUGCCCAAGAUAAUCAACAAAAUAUCUUCUCUGGAUAACAUAUGUUGCGCUCCUAAUAGCAUCAUCAAGACAAAGAUUGCCUUCAAUCUGGUGAAUGAAGAGGGAAAGGAGCUGGAUUACUUCCCAUUUCAGGAGUACAACUCAGAUGUUGUCAAAAAAGUGACAGACAUAGUGAUAAAUAAGGACAGUGUCUUCAACACACCGUUGUUGAAAUCUUUUGAAAAAGUUUUCAAAGAUUCAGCAGCUAAAGUGAAGGUGCUGAUUAUUUUCUCUGAUGGGCUUGAUGAGCCAGUGGAGAAACUGGAAUUGGAAUUAAGCCAUCUAAGGAGAAGUGGAGUAAGUGCACUGGUAACAGUGGCUUUGGAGGGAGCUCAAAAUACCCAUGAGCUUCAGAUGCUUGAGUUUGGGGGAAGUUUUGGAUACAAGAAGCCCUUUUCCAUCAGGAUGUAUAAUAUAGAAGAAGGCAUACGGAAAGAAAUAGACACAGCUACUGAGAGGGUUUGCUGUGGUGUGAUGUGUAAGUGCAGUGGUCCAGACGGAAUGCGAGGACCACGAGGACCGCCAGGCCAAAAGGGCAAUCCAGGGCCAAAGGGUCAUGAAGGAUAUCCUGGAGAAGAGGGCGGUUCUGGAUAUAGAGGACCUCCAGGUCAAACUGGGAUUCAAGGAGAUGCAGGUUGCCGAGGCAUAAGAGGUCACAAGGGCACAAGAGGGUACAAUGGUGAUGUGGGAGAAGAUGGUGAACAUGGCCUGGAUGGAGUUCAUGGUGAACAGGGUGAAACUGGUGUGGCUGGUGUUCCUGGAGACAGAGGAGAGCCUGGCAGCCCAGGUCGACAAGGCAUUAAAGGAGUGCCUGGAAUAGAAGGACAGCAUGGUCGAAAAGGAGAUACAGGAGAACCUGGUGCAGGCAACAUCUUUGCUGGCCAAAAGGGACAACAAGGAAACAGAGGAAGACAGGGAGAUACAGGACAGGAUGGUUUAGCAGGAAGACCAGGAGAUCCUGGAAACCUGGGCCCUGCAGGUAGAAGAGGUCCCCCAGGCAUUAAGGGAUCGCGUGGGGAUCCUGGAGAUCAUGGACAUCUGGGCCACUUUGGGCUGAAAGGACCCCCGGGAAACAAGGGCCCCAUGGGUCAUCCAGGACCAAUAGGGUUACCUGGUGUACCUGGUCUUCAGGGACCACGAGGAUCUACAGGUCACAUUGGACACAGAGGAAGUCCAGGUCAGAAAGGGCAUAAGGGUCAACCAGGAGAACCUGGAGUUAAAGGAGACAUUGGAUCAGUCGGCCCUAGAGGACCCCAGGGACAGGAUGGUAGAGAUGGCUAUGGAUUCCCUGGACCAAAAGGAUCAAAGGGACAGCAAGGUUAUCCAGGCUAUCCAGGACUACAAGGAGAGCAUGGUGCAAAAGGUCAAAGUGGAGGUCCUGGAAGCAAAGGAAGCUGGGGACAAGGGGGCAAAUCCGGUAGGGAUGGUCCACAGGGUGAACCCGGAACUCCAGGACUAGCUGGACACAGGGGCCCCAGAGGAGCUUCAGGACCCAGACAGAUGAGUGACUGUGAGCUAGUCAACUAUGUGCGCGACAACUGCGCUUGUUCUAUGGGUCAUGAAGACUGCCCAGCCUACCCCACUGAGCUGGUGAUAGCCCUCGACAUGUCUGAGGAUGUGACCCCUGAGGUGUUUGAAAGGAUGCGCGCCAUUGUCCAUCACUUACUGGAGGACAUGUCCAUUGCUGAGAGCAACUGCCCUAGGGGCGCCAGGGUGGCAAUUGUGUCCUUCAGCUCCAGUGUGAAGUACCUGGUCCGGUUCUCAGACUACCAUCGUAAGAAGCACCUCAUCGAAGAGGUGAAUAACAUUGCCCUGGAACGCACCUCAAACCGCCGCAACAUUGGGACAGCCAUGCGCUUCGUGGCCAGACAUGUCUUUAAACGCACACGAAAGAGUCUGCUCAUGCGGAAGGUGGCUGUCUUCGUCACCAAUGGAGCCUCCCAGGAUAUCAAGGCAAUUAACACUGCUGUCCUGGAAUUCAAAGCCCACCACAUUCACCCUGCUGUCAUCUCCUUCAGGAAUGCCCCUAAUGUCUUACAUGCUUUAGAGGCUGAUGAAACCCGAAGCUUUAUAGUGAAGCUAAUGGGGAGUGGUCAAGAACUGAAACCACAGUUGAGUGAGGUUCAAAAGUGUAUAAUAUGCUAUGAUCCGUGCAAAAGAGCAUCAAGCUGUUCCAGUGUGAACCAGGCUCCAACUCCUAUCCAAGUAGACCUGGAUCUAGCUGUGUUAGUGGACGGGUCACAUUUUGUGCAAGCAGACCACUACGGGGGUGUGAAGGAGCUCCUGGGUUCAGUGCUAGAGCAGAUCGCUGUGAGCAGCCAGCCAUCCAGGUCUGAUAAUCAGGCCAGAGUUGCCCUGUAUCAAGUCUCUAGCGCAUACAGACCCACAGCAGGACAAGUUCCUGUCCAACAGGAGUUUGAUUUUAUGAGAUUUCAGGACAGCAGUUCAAUGAAAAGCCACAUUUUCCAGAGCAUGCAGCAGCUUGGUGGGUCCUCCAGGCUGGGAUACGCAUUGAAGUGGGUCAUUAACAGAGGCCUCCUAACGGCCACAAAGCCACGGAGGAACAGAAUGGUUCUAGCCAUUAUUGGUGGGGAAACAAGCUACUGGGAUAGAGCCCAGCUUGAAUAUGCCUCCAAAUUAGCAAGAUGUCAGGGUGUGGUGCUGUUCACUCUGACUGUUGGGGACAACUUUAACACCACACAAGUGGAGGAGCUGGCCAGCCUCCCUUGGAGCAACAUAUGGUCCAUCUGGGAGAGGUGAAGCAAGGAGAGCAGGAAUAUGCCAAUGCGCUUCUUGCGAACCUUCCUGAGCUUCCUUAAGAGGGGAAUCAAUAUAUAUCCUGUCCCAUCUGAACGAUGGAUGUGUCAGCAUUUGGAGCAAGAGAUAGACCAAGAGCCGACUAUUGUUCUA